AGGCUCAAGGCUGAAGCAGUGAAACCCCGAGGAGGAGAGACUAGAGCGUAAAGGCUUCCCCGUCCCGCCCAUCAUCCAAAUCCAAGACACUUGAAAACUUUUUCUUCUUCAGUUAUUCUUCUUCUACUACGCUAUUGACAAACUAAGGAGAGCAUCGGCGAUGGAGAAACAGAGUGGAGGUCGGAAAAUAUUUGGAGCACAGCUCAAUGAAGACGACGCCUCACGUCUGGUCGGCGGCAUAGUCGAAAAGGGUUUUUCGGACACUAGCACCCGUCCUGGUUUCUCCCUUGCUCCUCCUCGCCCCACUGUUCUACCCUUCCCUGCCGCUCGUCAUCGCUCCCACGGUCCGCAUUGGAAGCCGAAAAUUCAAGGUUCUAUUUAUAAUGGUGAAGAAGCGGAGAAUGAAGCAGAAGAAGAGGAAGAUGUCACAGGAUUGAACAAAAUUGGGGCUUUUGCCAACGCUGUGCCAAGGAAAGACAAGAAAGGCUUGGACUUUAGUAGGUGGCGAGAGAUUGUGGAUGGUGGAAACAAUUCUAGGCUGCACAAGAAGGAAGAUGGUUCGAAAGAGCAACAAAAUUUCAAGGUACAAUGUGAAAACGUGGGCAAGUUAAAUAGUGGAUCAAUAUCACAGGAUGCAACUAUGCAUGACAAGGAGUCUGAAGUGCCAGAAGUAAUCAAAGAACAAGAGCAAAUCGUUUCAGAUACGACCAUUGAUGUUGAAGAAGGUAAUGUGGGUAUGCCGUCCAUUGGAUUGAAGAAGUUGAGUGAAGAUGUUCAAGUUGAUAAUGGAAGGCAAUCGAUGCAGACAGACCGUAUAACUGAUGGCUUUUUGUCCCAGAAUGUGGGAAAUGGACCAGCCGUGAAUCUUGAGAGCCAAAUUGAUGCUGAAAAUCGUGCACGAUUAGCAGGAAUGUCAGCUGAUGAGAUUGCAGAAGCACAGGCUGAGAUUCUGGCAAAACUUAGUCCUGCUGGAAUAGAAGCAUUUAAAAAGCGUGGACUAAACAAGUUGAAAAGGAAAAACCAUUCAAACUCAGGUUCACUUGCCAUUGGUGAAAAGGAUAGUUUUCAGAAUGAGAAAUCUCUGGCUGAUUCCACUGUUUCUUCUGCUUCUAGCAAUUCCAAUGUGGCAAGCAAUGCAAACCUGAAAGAAAAACAUGGGGAUUUAGAUGGUAACAUUCCAAAUUCAUUCCCAAAGGGUACUGGCUUAUGGGAUGGUUGGAGCAAAAGAGUUGAGAGGGUCAGAGAGUUAAGGUUUUCCAUGGAGGGGGAUAUUAUAGAAAAUGAUACUCAUCUGGCAGCAACGACUGCAGGUGCUAUAUCCUCUUCUAGUGAUUAUACUCUACAUAAUGUAUCAGAGCGUGAUUUUAUUCGAACUGAAGGUGAUCCUGGUGCUGCUGGUUACACCAUUAAAGAAGCAGUGGCUCUCACAAGGAGUGUGAUUUCUGGGCAACGGGCACUUGCAUUACAUCUUAUUGCAUCUGUUCUUAAUAAAGCCAUUUUUGGAAUUUGUCAAAAUCAAUUUGCGUCUACUUUAAAUUACACAGGAACAAAUGACUCUAUUGACUGGGAGGCUAUUUGGGCUUUUGCACUUGGCCCUGAACCUGAACUUGCAUUGGCACUGAGGAUUUGUCUUGAUGACAACCACAAUUCUGUAGUUCUGGCUUGUGCAAAAGUCAUCCAGUGUGUGCUGACCUGUGAGAUCAAUGAGAGCUUCUUUGAUAUUGCAGAGAGGAUACCCUAUUAUUGGAUGGAUGCUCCUACAGCUCCCGUCUUUAGAAGUCGACCAGAUAUUGAUGGUGGCUUUCUUCAUGGUGGUUUUUGGAAGUACAAUACUAAGCCUUCUAAUAUUCUUCCUCUUGCUGAAGAUUCUCCUAACAACAAACCUGAAGAUGAGCAUACUAUCCAAGAUGACAUUGUGGUUGCAGGACAAGAUAUAGCUGCUGGGUUGGUUAGAAUGGGAAUCAUUCAAAGGUUCUGCUAUCUGCUGGAGAUGGACCCUUCAGCAGCUUUGGAAGAAUGCACAUUGUCGAUCCUGAUUGCAAUUGCAAGGCAUUCGCCAACAUGUGCAAAUGCAGUUAUGAAGUGCAAAAGCCUGGUGCAAAUAAUUGUCAACAGAUUCUCUGCAAUAGAUCCAAUGAAAAUUACUACUUCCAAGAUAAAAGCAGUUACUCUCUUAAAAAUCUUGGCCCGAGUCAGUAAGAAGAACUGUGCAGAAUUUGUUAACAAUGGGAUUUUCGAGAAGAUGACAUUGCACUUAUACCUAUAUUCAUCCUCUCUUGACCAGUGGUUAAAAUCUGGAAGAGAGGCUUGUAAGCUUUCAUCGGCUCUUCUGGUUGAGCAAUUACGUUUUUGGGAGGUCUGCAUUCACUAUGGGUAUUCUGUAUCUCACUUUUCCAACCUAUUUCCUGCCUUGUGUAUUUGGUUGACCUUCCCUGCCUUUGAGAAGCUUAUUGAGAAAAAUGUAGUCAAAGAGUAUGCUAUGAUAUCGAAGGAAGCAUUCCUUGUUUUGAGGGCUUUGAGUAAAAGGCUUCCUAAUUUUUAUUCAAAUGUGCAUCAAAUGAAGGCUACUACUGAAGACACAGAGAGUUGGUCUUGGAGUAGUGUUGGCCCUUUGAUCGACUCUGCCCUAGAGUGGACAAUUAUAAAUAAUAUUCCACAUAUAUGCAGAUUACUUGAAUGUGAAAAUGAACACAAAGAAUAUUCUGUAACUCAGGAAUCAGAAAUUAAUUCCCUUUUGUGGCUCAUUUCAUCGGCUAUGCAUAUGUUUUCUGGGAUCCUUGAAGCUGUCAUCCCUGAGGAUAACAUAAACCUUUGUAAUGGGCGUUUGCCAUGGCUGCCUGAAUUUGUUCCUAAGAUUGGACUUAAAGUUAUUAAGAAUGGAUUUUUUAGCUUUUCAGGAGUUAGUGGUAAUAAGCUUGAUGGUCAAGCUGGCACUGGCUCCCUCCUAGAGUCUUUGUGCCUUCUGAGACUUAAAUGUGGAGUUGAAACAUCUAUUGCUUCCACUUGUUGUCUUCAAGGAGUGAUCCAAGUGGUUGUGGCUGUUAAUAAAUUGAUCUCACUAGCUAACUGCAAGACUCACGAUGCAUCAUCAAUUUAUCAAACCAUAUCACGAGAGGAUAAAAUUCUCAGUGAUGGGAUACUGCAGUCUUGUCUGCCUGAUUUAGGGGAUCUGAUCACAAGUUUGGCCGAGUUAAUUGAUCCAAAGUGGCAACCUAUGCAAUCAAUUGAGACAUUUGGUAGAGGUGGCCCUGCUCCUGGAAUUGGUGUUGGCUGGGGUGCAUCUGGUGGAGGGUUUUGGUCCAAGAUUACUUUAUCAGCUGAGGUAGAUGGAAUACUGCUUGUCUACCUUCUUGAUACACUUCAGAUAAUCUCUUCGGAAAACCAAUUUACCCUCAAAGAGAUGAGCUCUGUGAUACGGAGGAUAAAUUCUGCCCUGGCAGUGUGUUUGGUUUUAGGGCCCAAAGGUCAAUCUACAAUAGAUAAGCUCUUUGGUAUCUUGUUCCAAGCUCCUGUUCUAAAGUCUCUUGAUUUUAUUAUUCGUCAAUCAAUUGAUCUUAAAAAGUGGCUUAAGCCUUUUGAAUGGGAAUACAAAGAAGAGGACUAUCUGUUGUUCAGUAAUGCUUUAAUCUCUCACUCCAGAAACAGAUGGUUGGGCAGAAAACAGAAACGUAUUUCUUCGGAUGGAGAUCAAGCACACAAUAAGUCUGAGAAAGGCAGAAUUUCCUUGGGAACCAUUCACGAGGAAACAGCCGUAUCAAGUCUUACAACCCAGGAUCCAACCUCUUUGGUAGUUGAGUGGGCCCAUCAGAGGUUGCCUCUUCCCUUGCAUUGGUUCCUCAGUCCACUGUCAACUGUUCAUUGCAGCAAAAAUAAAUUUCCAUCUAUCGCGUCUAACACCAUGACCUCCAAUCAGGAGCAUACGGGCUUUCUUGAUGUUCUGAAGGGUGGACUUUUCUUUACUUUUGGUAUCGAAGCAGCAUCCACAUUGCUUGCUGCUGGCUCCCCUUCGCCAGUACUGAAUGUGCCAGUUGUUUGGAAAUUGCAUGCUUUGUCAGUUGUAUUACUAACUGGAAUGAAUGUUCUCGAGGAGGGGAAUUGUAGGAUUGUCUAUGAAAAUUUACAAAAUAUAUACGGGCAACUUCUUGAUGUAGGAGGAAGCACUGACGUGAAGUCCCUGAAUUUUCAAACAGAGAUACACGAUGGCUACUCUACUUUCGUUGAAACUCUGGUGGAGCAAUUUGCUGCUGUUUCCUAUGGUGAUUUUUUAUUUGGGCGCCAAGUUGCAUGCUACUUGCAUCGAUCUGUUGAAGCUCCUGUGCGGCUUGCUACUUGGAAUGCACUGUCUACUGCUUUUGCUCUCGAGCUUCUGCCUCCUUUGGAGAAAUGCAUUUCUACAGCUGAUGGCUAUCUUGAACCUGUUGAGGAUGACGAGAGGAUCUUGGAGGCUUAUGUUAAGUCAUGGGUGUCUGGUGCUCUGGACAAGGCAUCGACUCGACUCUCUGCCUCAUUCACGCUUGCCUUGCACCACCUUUCAACUUUCAUUUUCAAAACGUGUUCCGGUGACAUGCUGCCAUUACGAAAUAAGCUCGUCAGAUCCCUCCUCCGAGACUGCUCUCGUAAACAGCACCAUGAGGGCAUGAUGAUUAGUUUAAUCCUAUACGAGAAAGCAGAUGCCUAUAUGUCUCAACAGAACUGCGAAACUGAAAAUAGAUUACAGAAGUUGAGAGAGGGUUGUGAAGGAAACUCAUCAGUGUUGAAAGUGGUGGAGAAGUUGGGUUCUGAAAUCUCACUGAAACAGCAUGGAGGAAGCUAACAACAAAACAAAUCUCUGUAUUUUUGGAUAUGCUUGUAGAAUUUUUAUGUGUACAUUUUCCGCUAUAAAACUUUCAGACUUUGGCUGAUCAACAGUGAAGAGCCAAGUUUUACGUGUUGGAGAAUCAACAAUCAUAUGUUGAUAAAUCUUGUAUUCUACUCGGUAGAAGUAGAAAGAGGUAGAAAGAGGCGGAGUAACAACUGGUAACUUGUUAUUAGUACCAAUGACCCAGUGUACAAAAUUUUUGACAACUUUGAAAUUCAUAAUGUGAUUUAUCUCUUCUACUAAA